CGCGGAUAAUCUGGACUCCUCCUUCACUUCCUCUCUUGUCCCUUAUGUUUUUGCGCAUUCUCCAAAUAGCAUCUCGUUUGGGUUUUUCCGACGUAAACAUUUGUUGAAGAAGCGAGGACGCACCGGACAUCUCCACGUGCUGAUGAUUAUGCUGCAACCUUCUACAGUGCGAGAGAGGAGACACUACAGGAAUCUAACCCACCACUUCCACUGGCAGGAUACCCACUCUGCCACAGUAACACAGGGAGAACAUGCGCACUCCCCUCAGAGAGAUCAGGAGAUAGGAGAGAUAGUGAGUGAUUGAGGAAAAGUAAAAGGUAGAGGGAAGGAGGAGAGAGAGAAAGAAAAGAUGGAGAUGAUAACGGAGCCAUGUCUUCUGAGGGAACAGCGCCCCCUCCUGACUUGCCCAUAACACAGCGCAUGACCUCAUGGUUCGACCACGAAAGUGCAGCAGUGGUGACAAUCUUAUUUGGCCUGUUCCAAGUGCUGCUGUCUGUCCCUCUGGUUUACGCUGCUCCAAUUGACAUGCCCAAGUUUUUUGUUUUACCGCUCUUCAUUGGAAUACUGAUUGUAACUGGAGGAUCUUUAGCGAUGGCCAAUGAACGCAGUCCUAACAGAUAUUUGCUCCAAGGGUGUGUAUGCUCUAACAUCAUCAGCCUGUUGGGGGCAGUAAUAGCUUUCUGUCUUUACUGUGUCAGCAUUAGUAAUAUACCAAAAGAUGAGGACUGCAUAUCAGUAGAUUGCCCACUGGAAUUGCUCAUGAAAUAUUGCAUGUCCAUACUGAUUUUGCUGGUUUUCUACGACGCCGGAGCCAUCAUUAUGAACUCUAUCCUGUCUGUAAUGUCACUCAGAGAACUCAAAAGGGGAUAAAGAUUUAAAUAUUUUGAUUUGCUUCACUGUACUUUUUGGAAAAUCCAGUUGGAGGACAGGGUCUAUAUAACUUUAUGUUUAACCUAAAUUGCAAAACAUAAAAUUGGCAUGACAAUGUAGAGAUUAGGUUCAUAAACUUGCCAUAUAGCAUAAUCUAAUUUGUCUACAAUUUUAUGCUAUAAAGAAACUAAUUUAACCAUAUUUUAUAACAUGGCUAAAUUAGAGAUAUUUACCAUAAACCAGGUCAAAUUAUCUACAUUUUCAAUUCACAGUGGCAGAUAUUAUUUUAAAAUUUCUACCUGUCUUCCAUCUCAUAUUAAUAGUAUAGCCUUGAUCUUAUUGUGUAGCCUAUAAAACUGUUGCAUACAAACAGUAGCUUAUGUCUGUUGUCAUCACGUUGUUUGAAUGUAUUCUUUAUGCAUCACGUCAAAUUAUUUAAUCUAAAUAAUACCUGUGUGAUGUUGUGUUUUUAUAUUUUACAAACAGCUAUUUUUAAGUGUUUGCCUUUCUAAUGCCUUUCACAACAUAUGGCUCAUAAACGAAAUGCUUUUCUAAACUGUGAAUUGGUCUUUUCAAAUUUCCAUUAAACACUAAAACCAUCUUA